UCGUGCUUGAAAUGGCGUUAUUUUUGUCAUGGUUACUUUGCGUCGUGCUGCUUCGGUUCGGUAGCUCCCUGCUGAUACGAACCUUCCUGAAUCCUUACGACAUAUUUGUUGCUUUGGUUGGACGCCCCACAAGGAGAUGAAUCCUGCCUGCAAACGGAUAGAAGUUUGGGAGGGUGUCGACGAAGAAACGUUCCGCCGUGGUAUCUACUCGGCUAGAGUGCCGGCUGUCUUACGGGGCAUUCCUAUCGGACCCUGUCAAAGCUUGUGGGACUGCGAAUACCUCUCCAAGCACGGGGGAACGCAACCCGUCAAAAUCCACGUCUCUCCUGACCGACACAUGAAUUUCCUGGACAAAAACUUUGUUUAUAGGACUUUGCCAUUUGACGAGCUUGUGAAGCGAUCAGCGCGCUCCGUGCAAGAGGAGUAUUUUUUAUGCGAGGUGAGCGUUAUUUGUAAGCACAUGCUUGUCAUCAACACUAUGCCUCUUCUUGAUGUUCAGACGGAGCUUUACUACCUGAGAUCUCUUGGGGCGGAUUCCCGGAAGCAACCAGCCAACAUUCAAGUCGAAUUUCCCGAGCUGGCAAAAGACGUUGUCCUCCCCAACUUUUUUCCUGAGGAGGCAUUCUUUUCGAGCGUGCUUCGAGUGGCUUCUCCUCAACUUUGCCUGUGGACACACUACGAUGUCAUGGACAACUUUCUGAUUCAAGUGAGGGGAAGGAAACGUGCAAUAUUGUUUCAUCCCAAUGACCUCGAAUACUUGUACAUGAAAGGGGACAAGUCGCAAGUGCUGGAUGUAGACAAUCCAGACCUGGAAAGGUACCCGGACUUUUUGAAGGCGACACGCUAUGAAGCCACUCUAGAUGCUGGUGACAUACUAUUUAUACCAGCCCUGUGGUUCCAUAACAUGACUGCAUUGGACUUUGGUGUUGCUGUGAACGUUUUCUGGAGACACUUGAAGUCCGGACUGUACGACAAAAACGAUCCCUAUGGAAACAAAGAUCCCUUGCCAGCUGGAAAAGCCCUUGCGUUGAUCGCAAGGGCGCUGAAAGAGCUCCAAGAACUGCCAGAAGACUACCAACAGUUCUACAGUCGACAAAUGAUUUCUCAGAUCAGGCAGGCACUUCACACAUGAGAAAGAAAGCAUUUCAAUAGGUGCGGCGAAAAACGUUUUAUAAGAAGCGAUUAAAAAAUUAAUAAAAAGUCAAAGAAUAAAGGCUGGUUCACACAGA